GGCCUCUGACCACUUCUGACAGAUAAUUUGACAAAUAAAUAAAUCGCGUUUUUGUCUAGAUUUUGUCGUGUGUUUAUUCUUCUGUGUUGCGAAUUUCUGCAGUUUAUUGUAAACUUGUUAGAUUGAUCUAAAUAAUUGUGUUUAUUGUACUCAUAUACCUUACCGCAUAAUAAAUUGAAUAGAUUUUUUUAUCCUAAGUAUUCUGGCAUUACUUAGGAACUAGAAAUUUAUCAAAAUCCUAAAAACGUAGUGAAAAAAUACACUGUAAACGGGGAUUUGAUUAUAUGUUCAGAAAGUUGAAAAAAUCAUGCAGUCUACAUCAGAGGGUUGCAUGAAUAUAGCUGAAUUGGCAAAUCAGCUCAGAAGAGAGAAGAUAUUUAUUAAUUCGGAGCGACAGCUGUUGCAAACACUUAAUGAAGAAGUGGAAAAGAAGACUUUGGAGUUACUGCAGGUAUCCUGGAUAUGUUUGCAGCAGCGCCAUAAUCUGUCAAACCUCAUCACUUCAAGAUGUGAAGCUGACUCUAUAGCUGCUUGCCAAAGGGCAAGUUGGUUUGAGAGAUCUACUUUUGUGGAUGUUUACAAGGUCUUGAAGUACAAGGAUGCACACACUUUAGGCGAAUUACUGGGAUGGCUGCGGGACUCCCCACACCUGGUGACUCUGUGCCUCUUGCUGGGAGAGGAUCACAUGCCACCCAGUUUGCCGGCUUCCCUGGUAGCCGGCCUCUACGGCAGUGCUCGCUCUACGUCAGACAGGACUAGGCUGCUGGCUGUCAUACGAUCACUCAUAAAACAUCAACUGGUGCCAUCCAGUGAUCCACGAAAAUUAUUCCGCACCAGCAAGUGUGCCUUGGCGUCCCUCUACGCGGUGUUCCGCGACAGCCACACGCCGGCGCGCCAGUUCCUCAUAGCGGCUCUCCAGGCGCCCGUCAUGGCGGUGCUGCACGAAGACGAGUUCUUCCUGGACGUAGACCCUGACAAGGCUAUGGAGAGGUUUUCGCCCGCCGAUCGUCUCAAGAAGUUCGGGCAGACCAACAGCGCAGAGUACGCGGCCAAGGUAGCCCGGUACCGCAAGUGGACGGUGCAGUCGCUGUUCAACCUCACAAGCAAGUUUAUCGCCUCGCUGCGGGACCACUGGCCUAACUUCCCAUCCACUAUCGCGUGGAUAGUGCAGCAGAUCGUGCACCUACUGAAACAACAUUCCAGGCCUUCUGAGCGUGAACUGCACGCCAUCUGCACGGACCUCGUGCUGCACCACUUCAUCUGCCCGGCGAUUGUGAACCCCGAAGCUCACGGCGUGGUGGAAGUCCCCGUCUCAUACAUAGCGCGCUUCAACCUCAUACAGAUCGCGCAGAUCAUACAGAUGCUGUGCAACGCUAGGCAUCAGGAGGUGGAAGUUAAGCUGCGCGACUUGUACUCUAAAUUCGAGCGAUCGUGCGUUUGGUCGCUAGUGGAAAGCGUAGCGAGCGGGUCGUCCGCCCUCACUGCGGCCACUCCCGCCGCCGGCCUGCGUACUGACGCCCCGCAGCACACCAGUGUCGCGCUAUACACCGCGUGUGACGCGCAUCUACUGAUAAUGUUCUUGAAACGAAUAUCGUCCAAGCUGAACAACAACACACCAAAUUCAGCGGCGGAGGAAAGACCCAAUGGAGAUUCCUUAGAAACUGGAGCGUCGAGCAGCAGCAGUAGUGAAGCAGGCGGAGCUGGCACGGAAGGCACUGGUGCCGAAGCGUGUGCCUCCAGAGUUGCUCUAUUGCUGCAGACCAUAGAGCCCAACUACCGCAGCCGCCUGCAUGACCUGCUGCGCAAGAUGCCUGACCUGGCCGACGUCAAGCAAAUCUCUCCCUCCGAGCCGAAGGAGGCUAUCAUCGAGAAUGGUCCCAACAAGCGCGGCAUCUUAGCCAAAGUGCCGAAGCCUCGCUUACCCCGCUCGAGUUCCAGUUCCGCAGUCACCGGGGCAAUGGAAGACAGGCCUGUUAACGGCAACGCAGAGAAACAAGAUGGCUCCUUAGACCACCCUGAAGUGAUGAUCAUCAAGCUGCCCAAUGCUGAAGAUAGCGAUUACGUCGGGCUAGUCCCCGAGUCGAAAGUACUGGAGUGCUACUACGGCGGAUCGGAGGCAGGGGACGCGGACGACGCUAGCUCCGCGCUCGCCCCGCCCGGGCCCGGCGCGCCCGUGCAGAAGCGGACCAGGUUCUCGGUGUCACAUGACGAAGUAUCCCUGGGGAAUACUUCGGACAACCUGGAAGCUGUGUCCGAAGCCGCAUCCAAUCACAGCGUCACCUCCAGUCUCGAGCUCGAGACCGAAGACCAGAACGAUAACCUCUCCGAUAUGGUAUCGGCGAACGUGAGCGGUCGCGGCAGCCCCAACAUAUCGGGCCGGGAAACGCCUUCCUCACAAGUAACUGACGGCGAUGCGCCGCCACGCAGAGUGCCCGCGCACGCGCCCGUGAGCCAGGCGGGCGGCGCACAAGCCAAGAUGAUGAAGCAGACGCGAUCAGAUAUCGACGAUAAGUUCUGCAAGUUCGAGAUCAAGAAACUAUUGGAAGGCGACGAGACGGUGAGCAUAAUGUCGGACACGUGGAGUACUGACGUGCUGGCAUCCGACUCGGAGACCAUCGGCGACACUUGCGACCACACACAGCUGCCCGCCAAUCAAGGCGGUAAUACUCACAGCACGAAUGCUCCGGACGUGUCAGAAACUGCGAGCGAAUCCGCUUGGAGUAUGGACGUGCUCGCUUCAGAUAGCGACCGGAACACAGAGGUGGACACUGACGACUGCGUAUCAGUGGCGGCUCGCUCCGAUACAUCGUGGCCGCGCCGCCCCUCCAACCACGACGACCCUCUACCACCCAGACAUAACCAUCAGAACGGUAAUGCCAGGAGACCUGAUAUCAACAGUCCGAAGCAUACUUCAAGAUCUAACUUGACAAACAGGGGUGGAGGUUACCUAAGCGCCACGGCCGCGUUGUCUCGCGGCGGAGAACUCGAUCUUCCCUCGCACGCCGGCCAAUUCAUCGAAUCAAACAGGAAGAGCAUACUUGUUAACGGAUUUCCGGUGAUGACAUGUUACGCAAUGUCAGCGCCCGAAAGUCCGAGCACAUCAACUCCUGCGCAGCUACCAAGUGACGUAUUUGAUUUCGGUCCCCAAAAUGGCAACAGCGAGCAAACCGAAUCUACAUUGGAAGGCGGCGCCAACAGCCAAUCGGACGCGACCAGCCAAUGGGUGGACGACAGUUUCCCCGCUUCCUCCCAACACUCGCCCGAGCGGCCAUUCCCCUCCACUUCCAAAUACGACAUGCCGUCCACGUCCAAACCGUACGACGACAACGAACUCAUGGACCGAUCGCUCAACUCCAGCGAGAGCUCCUUCAACGCCUUAUCUGUCUCCCAAUACGACAGACGAUACGACUCCGGUAUAGACACAGAACAACCGGAAGCCCGAUCGACGAUCACCGAUCUUAUGACCCGAAUGAGCUCCGCGACCAUUUCUACCUCCGCUAACUUGGUGAACAACUUAACAUCGCGCAUAGUGAAGUCUGAGAUAAGGACGAGCAUUGUGAGCAUUAGUUCGUCGAGGAUCGAGAAGAAGAGAGAGGGAACUAGUAACGUAUCAUUGAGCACGCUGUCUGUUAACUCAACGGGCACUUCCGCUUCGGAUAAAAGUUCCAGUCAGGAUGUUAACAGUGAGAAUGUGACGGAACGACGGGUUAGCCCCCCACCACCUAAGCUACCCUCGACCGGGGCCAUACCCAAGAGUAUCAGCUUCGAUGCCACCGCUGAGAAGUCCCAAAGGCGUCGGAUAGUGGGUGACGACGGACUGGCCAGUAACUUGGACGAACUGAAGAACAACGUGAAGCGCUCAGGAGGCAACCUCCUGCACAAGAUCAAGAUGUUCCGGCAGAAGGGUCGCUCGCAGACUCAUAAUAACGCUGAGGUCAAGUUGUGCGAAGAGGAAGCCCGCUCCGACGAUGGAUGCCGCGAAGGAGAGAGCUCCGAAGACAUCCUGGCGAAAUACCGGCGCGCUCCCACCGAACCAGCCAAACGACGAUCUAGCAAUGCACGACGCCCCUCCGACGUGGACAAUGACUUCGACAAGUCUGAAGGUGCCGUUGACCUUAGCGACCCUGAAGUGUUCAACAGCAUGAAACGAAAAUUAAGGAUGGUCUUAUCCAACCCUGAUAUUUACUGCGUUGAAUACGUACCUAAUCGGUGCACGAGCACGUCGCUGGUGGAAUGGAUGCGCGCGGCCGCGGCGGGCGCUCGCUGCGAGGCGGGCGCCGCGCUGGCCGGCGCUGUGGCCCGCGCGCUGUCCCCGCACGCCGCGCCGCGCCUCGCCGCCGCCCUGCGCGCCGACCUCGCCGCGCGCCGCCCCUACGCCACCUACCUGGCCUCGUGCCGCGCCGCCCUCGCGCACGCCGCCCGCACGCUGCGCACGUACGUAUAUACCUGA